AUGAUGCAUGGACGCUCUGCUGCGGAGGAUCCGUUGUUGGAAAACUCAACCACAAUCGUGGAGAGCGGUUCAAAAACUCCUCUUUCUGAUAGUGGCACCAACAAUCUCGUCGAUCCUAUCAAGGAAUCACCUCCACCAUCACCGGAAAGAUGGUCAUUCUCGCCGACACAAGGCUCUUCACCUUCUUCAUCGUCAAGAUGUGAUUCGGUCGGUGACUCUGCUAACAAUGAUGAAGUUAUUACCAAUGGUGGUAUACAUGUCAAGGAUCUUGAAUGUUCACUUUCGAAGAUGGAGAAAAAUCCGAAUAGUAUGGACGCGAUGGCGACUUGGCCGACCAAAGGCGAAGAAACCUAUGGUGAAGGAGAUGGGACUGCUGAAGCGGAAGCAAAGACGUGGAGAACCAGUAGUGAAGACAUCGUAUGUGAGGCGCCAAGUCACCGUAAAGUUAAGGAGCAAAUGCCGAUCGACGUCAUGCUUGGUCAAAGAGCCAGAUCACGCUAUUCUGCUCCUCCUUUAUCAUCUGUUCGCCGAUAUCCUGAACGUGCUACUAAAAGUGCAUCGCCACAAAGAGUCCGUCCGAGUCGUUAUCAGCCGGUGUACGAUGAUGAUGAUAUUAUAGUGCUUUGUCCGUUCAUGAAUACCAGAUUGAGAGAUCCAGUGAUAUCGGGGAAAAAUGGGCUCUGUGUCAUUAAGAAAGAAGAUAGCAGUAGCGAAGAGGCGUCAUACCAGGCUGCUUUUUCGUCGCUGAGCAGCAAAACUAAGAAAAAGAUGGGACAGCCUCUUGUUAAGGCAAGCACAUUUUAA